AUGACGGAGAUCUCCCUGUCGGAGGUGCUGCUGGUUCGAGGAGCAGAUCAUAUUAGCGGCGAUCACUCAUUGGAGCUGCAGACGGGCUCUCUGGUGUACUGUGUGUUUGCUGAACAGGACGGUCCCACGUGGGAAUCGGCCCUCAGGCUGGCUCUCAGACCUGUUCAGGGCUCCACAGCCAAGGACUCCGAGGACAGCGGUGAUGAAAAGAAUGGAGACAAGAGUCAGGACAUUAGUGAGCUCUACCAGAUCUUCUCAGAUGAGGUGUUGGGUUCGGGACAGUUCGGUGUGGUUUAUGGUGGGACACACAGACAGACGGGACGACCGGUCGCUAUUAAAGUCAUAGAUAAAACACGAUUCCCCUCCAAACAGGAGCAACAGACCAAAAAUGAGGUCGCAAUACUCCAGAGGCUGUCUCAUCCAGCGGUCAUUCACUUAGAAGGCAUGUUUGAGACUAAGGAAUACACAUUUGUAGUGAUGGAGAAGCUUCACAGCGACAUGCUAGAAAUGAUUUUGUCUCAUGAGAACGGACGUCUUCCCGAACGCAACACUCGCUUCCUGGUCACUCAGGUUUUGGAGGCUCUGCGGUAUCUACACAUGAGGAAUAUCGCACACUGUGACCUGAAACCUGAAAACGUGCUGCUCGCCUCACCUGAACCCUUUCCUCAGGUCAAGCUUUGUGACUUCGGCUUCGCUCGUAUCAUCGGAGAAAAGUCAUUUCGGCGCUCUAUUGUGGGCACGCCGGCGUAUCUGGCGCCCGAGGUCAUCAAUAAUCACGGCUAUAACCGCUCUCUGGACACGUGGGCGGUUGGCGUGAUCUUAUACGUCAGUCUGAGCGGGACGUUUCCCUUCAAUGAGGACGAGGACAUUAAUCAGCAGAUCACCAACGCCUCCUUCAUGUACCCUCGCCAGCCGUGGUCCCUCAUCUCGCUGGAGGCGGUGAACCUGAUCAAUAACCUGCUGCAGGUGGUGGUCAGACGCAGGUUCAGUGUCGGCAAAGCAAUGGGUCAUCCAUGGUUUCAGAACUUCCAGCUGUGGUGUGACCUGCGAGAGUUCGAGCUGCGUAUGGGUUAUCGAUAUCUCACGCACGAGUUCGAUGACAGCCACUGGAGAUCCUACGCUCAGGAGAAAAGACUUAGUUUCCCAGAACACCUUGCAGAAGCAGCAGAGCAGCAGACGCCGGCCUCGUAGAGCUGACAUCACUGACAUCACUGUGAAUACUGUAUUAUAUGAACCUCAUAUCAGUCUGACUGUGUAUAUCUUAUUAUGGUAUGAUGAUUGAAAUAUUUUUCAAUAAAUUAAGAAAAGACCA